CGACGACCACCACCAUGAGCCAGUAUCCAGUUCCGCCGCCAACGUAUGGGUCAACGAGCCCAAAGCCAAACUACCAUUCUGUUGACGACACCCGCGACCCCUUGCUAGGGGGUAGCAGCCAGGGGGGUUACUACAACCAACCAGCGCCUGGUGAACUCCCCGACGAUUUCAAGUAUGGUGUAUCCGUAUCUGAGAGUGCACCUGAGAUCCGUGCUGCGUUUGUUCGCAAGGUUUACUCGAUUCUCUUGGCCCAAAUUUUCGCUACCUGCGUUGUUGGAGGACUCGUCUCAUCGUCUCCCUCGGCUAUCCUCUGGGUUCAGGCCAACCCAUGGUCCUUCUACGUCCCUCUCUUUGGAACUCUCAUUAACCUCGGUUUACUCUAUUGGAAGCGCCACUCUCAUCCAUGGAACUUCGUCUUCCUCUCCACCUUCACGCUUAUGGAAGCAUUCACCCUCGGUAUCGUGACGGCCUUCUAUGAUGACAGACUUGUUAUGCAGGCUCUGCUUAUCACCCUCGGCAUCUUCCUUGGUUUAACGCUCUUUACUUUCCAAUCCAAGUAUGACUUCUCGGGAAUGGGGCCCUUCCUGUUUGGCACCCUCAUGGCGCUACUUUUCACUGGUUUGAUUUCCAUCUUCUUCCCUUUCAACCGCACCUUCGAUAUCGUCUACGCCUGUGUUGGUAUCCUCCUGUUCAGUGGAUACAUCGUCUACGACACCUACAUGAUCAACAAGCGCCUGUCCCCUGAUGAAUACAUCAUGGGUGCUAUCAGCCUCUACCUCGACUUCAUCAACCUCUUCAUCAACAUCCUUCGGUUGCUAGGCGAUCUUCAAGAACGUUAAGCUCACGAAGUCUGAAGCCACGAUCGACAUCAAGGUCUGAUCCUGUUCAGGUGACUUCGUGUGCAGAGAAGUUCAACUCUCGAGUAUUCGUCUCUCGUAUGACCGUCUUGAUAUUCUCGGACUCGAUCUGCUGCGUUCUGUAUGUACAAUACAUCUACGGCUUCUUGAACAAGUAGUGCCCAACUCCCCAUCUGUUUCGUCAUGUCAGCGGGUGGGAUACUAACCUGUUGACUACACGUACUGUUCGCCUUUAUCUAUCUUGAAGA